UAUUCGUAUACUGAAUGUUCCAAUCUUUUGGGCGGGCGAAGUCGAUCAAAGGGUUUGCGUGUAAACACAGAGUCCCGUUUUCUCUUCCUUCUUUUGGUUUUGGGGCAUUAUAGACAGUCGCCUAAAAAAACUUGGGUUUAUUUGGAGGAGUUGCCCCGAAUAAAUGGUGGGUUUCAUUUUGGGGUUUAAGAAGGAAUAAGUAUUUUGAUAAAAGGGAAGAAGAGAGAGAGAGAGAGAGAAGGAAAGAGGAUGAAAGGUGUUGAAAGAAGCCGCAUUGAGCAAUUCUCACCUCAGUAUUAUGGGAUUUGUGCUCUUGGGGGAAUGAUCAGCACUGGUACAACCCACUUCGCUAGCACCCCUCUUGACUGCUUGAAAGUUCAUAUGCAUGUGAAUCCAGUUAAGUAUAACGGGUUUGGUUCAGGACUGUCUACUCUUUAUAGAGAACAAGGCCCUCUUUCCCUUUGGAGGGGUUGGUCUGGAAAGUUAUGCGGAUAUGGUCUUCAGGGUGGCGCCAAAUAUGGUCUCUAUGAGUACUUUAAGAAAACUUACUCCGAUGUAUUGGGAGAUGGUAACAAGAGUUUCAUAUACUUUAUCAGUAGUUUAUCUGCUCAAGCUAUUGGAGAUGUGGCUCUCUGUCCAUUUGAAGCUGUCAAAGUCCGAGUUCAAAUACAGCCCACUUUUGCAAAGGGCAUGUUAGAUGGAUUUCCAAAAUUUUAUGCAACGGAAGGCUUUGCUGGCUUUUACAGGGGACUUCUUCCACUGUGGGGUCGAAAUAUUCCAUUUUCAAUGAUCAUGUUCACAACAUUUGAGCAUUCAGUGGACUUCAUAUACCGUAACAUACUACAAAAUAGUAAAGAAAAUUGCUCAAGAGCCCAACAACUUAGUGUGUCAUGUAUAGCGGGUUUUACUGCUUCUGCUGUUGGUACUGUCGUGUCUAAUCCUGCUGACAUUAUUGUAUCCUCCCUUCAUAAAAAAAAUGCCGGAACUAUGAUGCAGACUAUAAGGAAUACUGGGAUUGCAAAUUUGUUUACUAGAAGCCUUCCAGUUCGAAUGACGAUUAUUGGCCCUCUUGUUACUAUGCAGUGGUUCUUGUAUGACAGCAUUAAAGUGCUGAUUGGACUGCCUACAAGUGGAGGACUCGGCAAGCGCCUUGAAGAGGGUAAUUUGUCGACGAAUAAAAAUCAGUGAAAUUGCAGAACUUUAGGUAUUCUUUUAUUUAUUUUAAAGCUAUAUAGAUACAUAAACACAAGUUAAUAAUUUGAAGCCAUUGGUGGUACAAUGGUCACCUGUCUCAGAUUUUUCUUUUCUUUUCCCUAACUCCCAUGGCUGCUGGCACUACACUACCAACCAUCCAAAAUUGAUUGGAUACAUUAUAGAAAUAUAUUGAUGAGUAUGUUAUAUUUUAUAAACGCACUGUCUUGUGGUUGUGGGGCCCCUGUGGUGGUGGUCAUGAAUACUAAACACUAAUACAUGCGUGUAUUACACUAAUACAUGCACUGUCUUAUCUCAUUUUCGUUUUAUUGGUCAUUGGAAUGUAAUAGGAAAUAAUUGGUUCUACAUUGCAACCAUCAUAUGAUUUGAAAGACUUACUUUGGUGA